GCUUCACUGUUGCUGCAAUCAUUUAUCAUACACUCACAUCGAUUGCUCACAGCAGCUUUCUCAGCUUUCUCAACCUCUCCUCACAUUCUGUGAAGACCAUUUGUUUUGUUCGUCACAGUACGCGUACGAGCCACCUGCAGAACAUAAGCGACUGCUUCGUCCUUGUGGAGAAGGCGCCGAACACAACAGCCAUGACAGACCCAAGUUGGCGGCGCACGUGCAACGCGCUGACGGAGCAGCUGCAGAAGCUAGAGCAGAAGGUUAGCGUCAUCCGUCGCAUCACAUUUCGCCGCAGCUCCGCGGAUGAUAUUAAGAAGGAGCGGGAGGAGGUAAAGAAGAUCACGCGGGAGGCUAAAGCAACGGACGUGCAGGACAUCCGCAAAACCGUGAGGCUGAUGGAGAGGUUUAUCGUGCUGGACAAAAACCUCAGCGACGAGGGGCGGAAGCUGGCCAAAGACGCGGAGAAGACGCUGCAGGAGUACGAAAACGCCUGCAACGAGUUCUACAGCAAAUGCAUCGACAGCAAGGGAGGACGCGGUGGCCAGGGCGGUCGUGCGCAGCAGCGUGCUUUUCGCGACGCCAGCGAUGACGAGGCAGGGAGCGAAGUGGCGUCGCUGCUCGUGACGGAGCCGCCGCAGCGGGUGCAGUUUGAGCGUGACCUGUACGAGGAGCUCAUGUUGGAGCGGCAGCGCGAGACGGGCGAAAUCGCGGACAACGUCCGAGACAUUCACGAAAUCUUUCAGCACAUCAACGGCAUGGUGAAUGAGCAGGGUGAGCAGCUGGACGUUGUAGACAGCAACGUCUCCGCGGCGGAACGGGCGACUCGAAACGCCUCGCAGCACCUGCGCCGCGCUCAGCAGUAUCAGACGACCUCGUCGCGUAAUAAACUGCUCUUUAUCUGCAUGAUGGUCAUGCUCGUCAUUGUAUGUGUCGGCCUGCUUAUCAAUUAG